AUGGCGAGAGUUGCCACACCGGCUGCUGCGGGCUGCAGAGGGAACAAAGCCCAGCGCCCUCGGGGACAGGGGUGGGCCGGGAGCAGGAAAGGAGGCCUCUCCCCGACUCGCCCUCCUCCCUCCCCUGCCGGGCUCCAGUUCCUAUUACCUGUUCUUCUCGUCUCUGUCAGCCACGCCACUCUUCGGCAGCGAAAGGAUCCGCCGCAUUGUCUCUGUCCGGUCCCCGCCGGCAGCUCUGCGGAGCCUGUCGAACCCCCUGUCCGGGUCGUGGCGCCUGGGCUGGGAGGAGGCGUGGUCCGCACUCUCACUCCCGGCGCCCGCGCCCGCCUUCCCGGGGCUGAGCCCCAGGGCAGCUCGCCCUUCCCCCUCCUGAAGCCCGACGUCUUCAUGGCUCUGUCUACCGGCUUCGGAGACCCGCUGGACUUUUCGCCGCCUCCGGAACCCUAUACGAGGAAGCAAAUCGCGUCCGCCACAGCCUCCAACCAGGAAACUCCGCGACUCUCAGCCCCUCAGAAGAGAAACAGAGAGGCGCCAAGCAAGGCCGUUACACGGACUGUGCACGCAUCUCCGGUGUCCCUGCGCGUGACACAAAUUUGGCCCCGAGGGAGCUCUGUGUGCCUGAGUCCCAGGAGCCCUAGAGGCCAGCGACAGCUUGUCACCAGGCCUGCGACGCCAGCGGGCGGGAGUCGGCGGAGCUCAGGACACUGACGACGGGCCUGGGGGAAAGCUGUCCCCACACAGCCUGGGGCCAGAGGAGCGGCAUGCCAGGGCCAGACGGAGGAAGACCGCGGGAAGCAGGCUGGACGUGCAGGGAAGGGUCCAGUCCCACCCGCGGGUGCAGGGAACAGCCUGUGGGGAGGGGACCCAGGGCCGCGUGGGAAGAGUCAGGGAGCUUAGGUGUACCGCCCGCGGCAGGAAGAGAGGGGAAGGCUGAGCAGUGAAGGGGUCCCCAAGUCAGCCAAGGCAGAGUUCCCAGGUACGAAUUCAGAGCCUGACGGUACUGGGCGAGGAGGUAGCCCCCACCUUCCUGAAGCCCCCUCCUCAGCUCUGCGAGCGUGAGGCUGGGGACGCCUGGGUAGGGCUGAGGGUGAGCCCUGGGUGUCCACCCUGCAAGUGCCUAGAGACCCCACACCUCCAGCCUCCCUCUGAAUUCAGGGUUCUCUGUCCUGAGGCUGCCCAGGGGAGCCUGGCUGGGGCGAGGUGGGCCGGACACGGGCCUGGGCGAGUCUCACCACAGAGGGGCGCCGCUGAGCAGCCAGGCCUCCCGAGGAGGAGUGGACACUCUCCCGGGAGGCCCUGGGAUCCGCCACCCACAAGCACACUUGGAGGCAGCAUCCUUGCAGGACUCGCGCCAGGGCCUGGGGCCCUCCAGCCAGCCCAGCACGCCACCGCCCUUCUGUCCCCAGCCACCCGCGAGAGAAUCUGGGUCGCCAGGGCCUUGUCCUUCACCAAGGCAAAGCCGGCUCAGCCUCAGAGCCGCAGGCCAGAGCACCUGUCUGCAUGAGUGAGCACAUGGGUGUUUUUGAGUCUGUGGGUGUCACAGAGAGGAGAUCGGGAGCUGCCUGCUCACAGGCACUUUGGGACCCCGAAAGAAAAGGCUGUGCCGAGAGAGUUCUUCCAGUCAGGAGGUUUGGGAAUGGGGGAGAAGGGAGUGCCUGGAAUCCCGACCUCAGAACUGAGCCUCCGAAGUGGGAAACGGUGGCUCCCCUACGCGCUCAAGGGCCAGGCAGGUGCAUCCACCCUGCCUUGCAUGGCCCAGGUGUGAGCCGGUGGGCAGAGGUGUGGCCCUGGGUCCAGCUGAGAAGGCUCCUGGAUUGACAGGUUGGGGUUGGGGAGUUCUGCCUUCCUGCGUGGCCCAGUGCUGGGAGGGGUAAGGGGUGGGGGUUGGGGUCCUAUAGCUGGGUCCUGACCCCUCAGGCCACCCAGACCCUGCCCAGGUGGGCACUCAGGGGUCAGGUGUUCUUAGAAGGAACUAAGCUGGGCAGGGUCAGCGUCCCAUUCUGCAGAGGAGGAAGCUGAGGCCCACGAGGUAAACAGUGGGCUGGGAGUGGGCCUGGUAGACCCUAAUAGACCCCAACCCCAGGCCACAGAGACCACCUACUGAGGGAGCACCACAAAUGCCCCUUAACGGCUGGAUCCCCCAGUUUUCAUGCAAUGGGGUCUACACUGACCCUAGGGUCUCACUGGGGGAGAGCAGGAGGUGGCUUGAGGCUGGGCAUGGGUGGCCACGGGGGUAUGGACUGGCUGACCCGUGUGCAUUGACCGCACUCUCCGUCCCCAAGGUGUCAUGAAGACUGGACAUGGGUCUAUCAGGACCAUCCGCAUGAUGUCAGCCAAGGAUCUCGUGGCCUGUCUCUGCCAAGGGAGGACCAGCACCUUGUCCUGAGCACUCCCAGCUUCCCAUUGGCUUCAACCUGGCUGCAUUCAGCUGCCAUGCCCCUACCUCCUGAUGUGGCCAGCACCCUCCAGGACUUCAUCUCGGUGCACCCAAAGGCCGAGGACGUUGCUGGCCAGCAGGAAAUUCCUGCUGCAUCCAGGAAGACUUCCAAGAGGUGGUGGAGCAGGGGGCACCACACCCAGACAGCUGUGUGUAAUUGUGCAGCUGCGAGCUGCUGCGGGUGCUGGCCGGAGUGCAUUCUGUGCACACUGGACUGUGUCACCACAUGCAGGCUGUUGCCGGAGGAGGAACUGUUGGCCGCCAAGGCCUAUGUGCCUGGAAACCAGCGGGGCUGCUGCAGGAGGAGGGCUGCAGGAUGCUCCAGCUCAGACCCGACUCAGGGUUUUAGAGGGCACAGGGCAUAAGGCUGUGGCCAUAGACAGCCCUACUGCGCAGGAAGAGCAUAAACCAGUCAGAGGACAUGCAUGUGGGCUGCUGUUGCAUUCUGGUCUCCUUUGAGGUAGGGAAGGAUGUAUUUCUUUCUAUUUUAUGGGUGAGCAAACUGAGGCACAGUGCUGGAGUGAUUUCCCACAGCAUCGAUGGCAGAUUUAGCUCCAGGGCUUAGAUUUUAGGAUCCUGCCUCUCAAAUACCGUGAUGUAUCGUGGGCUUUCUCUCCACAGAAAAUUAGAAACUCAGAAAUGGAAAGGGAACAAUGAAACUUACCCAUUCUCCCACUGCUCACAGUUCCUUCUGGUCUUUUUGUGUGUGCAUAUAAAAUAGAUCUCAGAAAAUUGAGUUUGUGCUGUGGAUGCCAUUUAUAUCCUACCUUUUAUACUCAAUGGAUCAUGAAAAUCCCCUUUGUUGCUAAUAAUAUUUCCUGGUAGCCCCAUGGCCCAUCCUAUGCACGUGCUGUUAUUCCUUUGGAGAGUCCUAGAUUUUUGCUCUUAGUUGUAACACAUCAUGAGUGAUAUCCUGUCUCCACGAUGUUUUCUCCUUAAGAUGGAGACAGAUAUAGAGCUCCUGGAUCAGGAAGCACUGCCACCUGUAGGAUCCUUGACUUUAGGAGCUGUCCCCCUAACCAUCUGGUCACCUCCCGUCCUCCACCCAGCCCUGAUGCUCACUUUGCAAAUUCUUUGCCAACCUAAUGGGUGCAAAUUCUUCUGCCAAUCUCAGCUGUUUUGAUGAGUACUCCUCUGACUGCUGGAAGAUGACAGGAAGGAGUUUUAGCAACGUUAAAACCACUGAGACUGGGGAUGUCUUUGGGUCACCAUUGAUGUC